AUGAAGAGAGCCACUGUUGUUUUCACUCUCUGCCUCUAUUCCCUCCAGGCUCUUGUGCUGGCAUCGCCCUCCCCCUCAUCUCUGGAUGGAUACGACCUGUUUAUCCCCUCAUGGGAAGUACAGGUCACUCCAAGUAGCGAGCCCAUCGUCCUCAAUGGGACAGUGGAAGAGUUACACACCAAGCUCCUCCAGCUGAACCCAAAGUGGGAUGAAGACUUCGCAGAAAUAGAAACAGAAGACGAUGCACUCGUGGAGCGUGACUUCGACCUUGAGAAACGCACCGACUUUGCCGGCUCCAAGUAUAACUGCUUUGGUCGCUGGGGUCGCUGUGAUAGCAUUCCUGUGAAUCAGGGUAUUACAUACCUCCGCAAGUUGAAUGGAAAUCCACGGGCCGCAGCUGGUCCAAGCAGCUGUGCUCGAGUGAGCUGUUCUUACAAGGCUGCCAUCUACUGGUGCAAUGAUAGCAAGAGUAAAAAGACGCUGAACUCUUUUGGUAGUAUUGCUGAUGGUGCCAAGUAUAUCAACACCAAGUGUGUUCUUGGAAGUGGUCUCUCGAGAUAUACGGCCGGACAGGUAUUUCAUAAGUCGAACUGGAAUGUGAUUGUUCAAGAAGACAAAUGCUAA